AUGAAUUAUUAUUUUAAUUUAGAAUGUCCACAUCAUAUGGAACAAAUUUGUUAUUUCUUUUGCUAUACAUGUAGAACUCAGUAUUGUGGUCAUUGUAGUUUUUCCGAUAAACAUCUAAAGAGUAAAGGACACAAAGUUGCUGAUAUAAAAGAAGAAGUAGAGAAUUAUUUUUUAUUUUCAGGAUACAUUUUAGAAAAUAGUAAAAAAAUGAAAUCAGAUAUAGAAUCAAUUCAUAAUGAAAUUAAAAAUUCAAAUGAUCUUAUAAGAAAAGAAUUAUCAGAAUUACAAGAAGAAGUAAUAAUGAAAAUUAAUGAAAUUUUCAAAAAAAAGUAUCAACAAAUAAAUGAAUGUGAUAAAUCAAAUGAAGAUAUUUUAAAAACAUUUUUUGAAGAAAUUGAUAAGAUUAUUUCAAAACUAACUCAAUUGAGACAAAUGGGAAUUAGAACAAAUGAACAAGAGAUAAUUUCACAAUUUGGAAAUUAUUAUGAAGUAUUUUCAAAAGAAAAUAAUUUAUUAAAAAAUCCUCAUUUUUCAAAAUGUGAAAUUACAAAAUUAAAUGAAAUUGAAAUUUUAAAUAAUCCAAUUUCAAUUGAAAUUAAAAAUUUUGAAUAUAAGGAAGAAUUUUUAAUGAAAAAACAAUAUUUAUUAUGUAAUGAAGAAAUUAAAAAUGAUACUGAUAUGGUUUUAUUAGCAAAGAAUGUUGAUACUUUAAAUUUAAAAAUCCCACCAGAAACAAAGUCAAUUGCAUAUUUUGAUGAUAAAAUACCAUUUAAUGGUGAACCAAUAAAAAGUACAAAAAUCGGAACUUUAAACUUUUUUUCAAAUGCACCAUCAAUUUCGAAAGAUACUAUACCAAAAAAUAAUAUUCAUACACUUUAUUUUUCAUUUGGAUAUAAUAAAUUAAUUGAACCUGGUGUUAUUCCAGAGAAUAUUAAGAUUAUUCAUUUUGGUAAUAUAGAAAAUAAGGUUUUAGUAGAAGGUUCAAUUCCAAAUACUGUAGAAACAAUUCAUUUUCAUGGUGAAUUUAAAUUAAAAUUAGAGAAAAACAUUAUACCAAAUAAUGUUAAAACACUUCACUUUUAUGAUGUAAAGAAUAUUUUAAAAAAAGGUUCAAUUCCAGAAUUCGUAAACUCUGUUAAUUUACAUGACGGUUUUGAAAAUGAUUUUGAUGAUUUCCUUUCAAAAGGUUGUUCAAUACUUUCAGUUCAUAACAUUACAUCCCCAUUACCAAUAAUGCAUGAAGGAAAGGUUGAUACCAUCUUUUUCAAUGAUGGAUAUGAUCACAAGAUUGAAAAGAACCAUAUUCCAAAAGGAGUAAAAACAAUCCACUUUCAUAAUAUUAAUAAGCCAUUAAUUAAAGGUUCAAUUCCAAAAUCUGUUGAAACUAUUAUUUUAGAAAAAGGAUUUAACCAACCACUACCACCUUUUAUAAUUCCAAAUAACGUAAUUCGUAUGGAGAUUGGCGCAAUUCAAUCAAAAUUAGAAAAAGGAUCCUUACCAGAAUCAGUAGAAAACUUACAAUUUAAAAAGGGAUUCAACCAAAUUAUAACUAAAGAUUUAUUAUUAAAUAAUAAUAAAUUGAUUUCAGUUGAAUUUAGUGAUAUAUUAAAAAGAAUAGAUUUAGAUUCACUUCCUCCAUCAUUAAAAGAAUUAAAGUUUGUUUCUAAUUUUUCACACCCAAAAGAUAUAAAAUAUGUAACAGUACCCCCAAAAUUUGUUAAAGAAUUUAUAAACUCUGGUGUCCGUCCUGAAGUUAUCAAUCAAUCUUUUUUUAAUACAUUGUAA